GGAUUCUAAUGGUAAAAUUUCAAAAGAUAAAGCAAUCAAGGCUUUUUCAAGGCCUGCAGCUGGUCAACCACCUCCAUUACCAUCUGAUGUUAGACCGCCUCAGAUAUUAUUUAAAACAUUAAACUACAUUGUUGAUAAUAUUCUUCCGGACCUACCAGAAUCACAGUCAUUUAUAUGGGACCGUACUAGAUCAAUCCGUCAAGAUUUCACCUAUCAAAAUUAUUUUGGUCCAGAAGCUAUGGAUUGUAAUGAAAGAACUGUUAGAAUUCAUAUAUUGACCCUUCAUGUUAUGGCAAAGACAAGAUCUGAGUUCUCUCAACAACAAGAACUUGAACAGAUGAAUAAAGCUUUGAAAACUUUAUCGGAAAUGUAUGCUGAAUAUAGAUCGAGGGGUAUACAGGCUCCAAAUGAAGCUGAAUUUAGAGCAUAUUAUCUCAUAAGUCAGUUGAGGGAUCCCGAAUUAGAUAGAGAGAUUCAAUCAUUUCCCGAUGGCAUCAUCAAUGAUAAAAGGGUUCAACUAGCUUUAAAUUUAAGAAAUUUAGUUCGAACAAACAUUAUUGAAAGAGGAUUUCAACCAACAGAAGAUGUUUUAAAUUUUUAUAAAAAUUUUUUUCAAAACUUUUCUCAAGGUCAGAUACCAAUUCUUUUGUCUUAUCUUUUGGAGAUUCAUUUAAAUGAAAUUAGAUUUUAUGCUAUAAAGUCAUUGAAAAGGUCUUUACAUGCCAAGUCAAAACCAUACCCUUCAGAUUAUAUGAUUAACUUACUGGCAUUCAAUGAUUUUGUUGACCUUUCAAAUUAUGCAAAUUAUUAUGGUCUCAAAAUUACCAAAGAAGGUGGUCAAAGUUUUGUUGAUUUACUUUCAUUAGCUCAUCCAUCACAUUUAUUGCCAGAUCAAAAACCUUUAGUGCAAGCUUUUUUUGAUAAACAUGAUGCUAAAGUUACUUCUUAUAAAGAAUUAAUUGAAAGUGGUGUUUCCAAUAUUGAAGUUUUAAAUAUACCAUCCUCUAUUAGUGAGCCAAUUCCGUUAGCGGUACCUACUAAUAACUUUAAUCAACAGCCAAAGGCUCCAAGUUUCAAUUUUUCAUUCCCACAAAAUAAUACAAUUCAACCUAAUAGUGUUGAUGAAGAACAAGCUAAACUUGAAGAGCUGAAAAAAUCACAAGAAAAGGAAGCCUUACUGAAAAAGAAACUAGAAGAGGAAAAGGCUAAACGAGAUCAACAAAGGGCAUUAGAAGAACAAAGAAGGAAAGAAGAACAAGAACAGAAAAGAUUACAACAGCUUGAAAAUGAAAAAAUUGCAAAAGAACAAGAAAGACAAAAGAAGAUUCAGUUGGUUAGUUCUUUAUCAGAAACUUUGACUCAAAAUUUGAUCAAAUCCACUAUUGGAAAAGAACUAACUAGUGCUUUAAAACCAUUAGUUGAAUCUGAAAUAUCUAGGAAGCAAAAGAAGAAAACAAUUCUGAACUCUUUCAGUGAAGGUUUAUUUGAAGCUUUUGUUGGUGAAUUGAUUUACAUUGAAUCAUUGGAGAUAUUGGCUGAUAAUUUUAGAAAGUUUAAAUUGAAAAAGUUAUUAAUUAAAAAAGUUAGUCACCUAGCUAAAGAAUCUAGAGAAAAAGUUGAACUCAAAAAAAGAAAAAGAGAGGAAUUUUUAGAAGCUUCCAAAACUUUUGGUAUACCAAAGAUAAUAGCAAAGAGAAAGAAAUUAAAUCAUCACAAGAAGAAGAAUACUAGCGUUGCUUCACAAGAUGAAUAUGAUACUAAAGUUCAUAAAGAUACUAAAAAUGAGAAUGUUGAUCUGAAUCCAUUAAAUUUUGAGCAAUUGACUGAAAACUUGAAGAACAAUAUGAUUGAUAAAUAUGAGAUUUUAAUGUUUUUCCAAGAUUUAAAUACAACAAGAUCAAUUUUUUUAAGAAGAAAGUUUUCAAUUGAUAAGACAUUAGAUUUUACAAUUGGAAAUCAUUUAAAGAUAAUGGGAACGAGUGAAAUAAAUCCAUCCAAGUUUAAUAAUGUUAAUUUGUUGAUAUUCAAUUGUGAUGGAAUUGAAAGCAUAAGAGAACAAAGAGUUUUAUUGAAAGAAUUAAUUAAUGGUAUUUCAUUAAAUUCAAAUUUUAAAUUUGAAGUUUUGAUAGUUUUUUGGGAAUUGAAAGGAUUAAUCAAGUUAUCAAAGAAUGAGAUUUUAAAAGAGUUGAAUUUUAGAAGUAAUGAUACUAUAUUGAAUGUUGAUGUUUUGAAGAUAGAUGGUGAUUUAAAGAUUGAAUCUUUACAACGGAAAGUUGAUGAAUUAGGUACCAAAUUUGGUUAUACAGCUAAAGGUGAAUAUAAUUUAAAACAUAACAAGGGUAAAUUUAAAACCAAUGUUGGUUUAAAAUCAAAUGAUCAAUUGAAAAUUUUUAAAGAUGGUGAAAGUUCCUUUGAACAUGAUUUUAUUGGUGAUGAUAAUAAAUUUUAUAAACAUUUACAAAAACAUAUUGAAGCGUCACCAAAAAGAGUUGCAUUACCAAAAUUAUUGUCAAAUUUCAAUAAAUCUAAUGAAUUUUUAAAUGUUGGUAAAAAAAAACAGGCAAAGAUUGAAGUUUAUAGUACACCUAGACCAAAAUCAAGUGAAUUAUUACAAACCCCAUCAUUUUAUAAUGAUAGUACUGGGAGUUCAAUAUCUAAUUUAUCCAAUAUUACAUUUGCAAAUCAAUCAAGUUCCACACCAAUUAAUAUUAUUAAUAAACCUUCAUAUGCACAAGUUGUUAAGAAUUCAAUCAAACAGGAGGUACGGGAAGAGGAAGAAGAUAAACCAGUCCCAAAAAGUAUAUUGGAGCUAAGAAAAUUAGCUGCAAGUGUUCGUGAGAGACAUGGUAAAAAGAAGGAGUAAUUUGCAUCAUUUGUUUUUUUAUGUAUAAGUUUGCAUUAGCAUUACAUGUUUAACGUUUAAAAACUACUGUUUUGUAAAUAUCAUAAGGUGUUUAAUUGAAAUGCAGAUAUGAAUUAUAAAAUGCAUUGAUCAACAAUGGCGUUAGUAUAAUUCAAGCACAAAGACCAACAUCAAUAAAGAACUGAAUCAUAAAAAGAAGGGUUGGAAGCCCUGGUGAUGGAUCACAAACAUUGAAAGAUAAUCAUCAAAACAAAAUGGAAAUAAACAGAAUGGGAAUGAUGUGUGUUGAAUAUAUUUUUUGUUUUAAUCAUGGGAAGUAAUGAUUAAUCAUUAGUUCAAUAGUUCAAUUCUUUUUCCAAUGACAUGUCCAUGAACCAACAUCUAAUUUAAAGAUGAAUAUUUAUUAAUUAUGAUUGUAAAUUGUAAAGAUUAGAAACCAG